AGAGCUGGGUGGAGAGUGGAGGCUGCUUUGGUUACAGUAUCUGGACCGGACCGCAGCGGCAGCCUGGAAUCUGUGUGUAAGCGGGACGAUGGAGGACAAAGAGAAAAGAAAGAAGGAUCCUGACGCCUCUAAAGGAGACAGGGUAACUUUGAAGAAAGAAAUCGGACUUCUGAGCGCAUGUGCCAUAAUCAUUGGAAACAUCAUUGGAUCAGGAAUCUUCAUCUCACCCAAGGGAGUAUUGGAGCAUGCAGGCUCUGUGGGACUGUCUCUCAUUGUGUGGGUGCUGGGAGGUGGCAUCUGCGCCCUUGGGUCCAUGUGCUACGCUGAGCUGGGUGUCACCAUCCCCAAGUCCGGAGGGGACUACUCCUACGUGACAGAGAUCUUUGGGGGGCUAGUGGGCUUCCUGUUGUUAUGGAGUGCAGUCCUGAUCAUGUACCCCACCACACUGGCUGUCAUCGCACUCACCUUCUCAAAUUACGUCCUACAGCCCGCCUUCCAGAACUGCCUCCCUCCGUUCCUCGCCACGCGACUGCUGGCCACCAUCUGCAUAUUAUUUCUGACCUGGGUGAACUGCUCCAGUGUGAGAUGGGCCACCAGGAUCCAGGAUGUGUUCACAGUCGGAAAACUACUGGCUCUGGUCCUCAUUAUCAUAGUGGGACUGGUGCAGAUCUGCAGAGGUUACUAUGAUGUACUGCGACCAAGUGUGGCUUUUGAGUUCAGUGGGCAGCCCUCUGUUGGAGAGAUAGCACUGGCUUUCCUCCAAGCCUCAUUUGCUUACAGUGGCUGGAAUUUCCUCAACUACGUCACAGAGGAGGUGGUGGAGCCACGCAAAAACCUGCCCCGGGCUAUCUACAUCUCCAUUCCACUGGUGACGCUGGUUUACACCAUGACAAAUAUUGCUUAUUUCUCCUCCAUGACGCCUCAGGAGCUGCUGGCCUCUAAUGCUGUGGCAGUGACAUUUGGGGAAAAGCUGCUCGGCAUGUUUUCAUGGGUUAUGCCAAUUUCUGUGGCCCUAUCCACAUUUGGAGGAAUCAAUGGAUACCUCUUUACCUCUUCCAGGUUAUGCUUCUCUGGGGCCAGAGAAGGUCAUUUGCCUUACCUGUUGGCUAUGAUCCAUCUGAAAAACUGCACUCCUAUACCUGCUCUGUUAGUCUGUUGUGCAGCCACCAUACUGAUCCUGUGCAUAGGUGAAACACACAACCUCAUCAACUAUGUGUCCUUUAUCAACUACCUGUCUUAUGGAGUAACCAUUGCUGGCCUCCUAUACCUACGAAAAACAAGACCCAAUUUGCAUCGUCCUAUAAAGGUGAGUGUGCUGAUCCCCAUUGCGUACCUGCUCUUCUGGGCCGUGCUGCUGUGCUUCAGCCUCUACUCAGAGCCUGUGGUGUGUGGUCUGGGCAUGGUCAUCAUGCUGACCGGGGUCCCUGUCUACUUCCUGGGAGUUCACUGGAAAAACAAACCAAAAUGGAUUUACACAGCAGUUGAGAAAGUGACGUAUGUGGGCCAAAAGAUUUGUUAUGUCGUAUUUCCUCAGGAAGACCCCUUAGAGACUGAACCCCUCACUUCCUCUAAAGGGGAUUGAGCGCUGUACAAUUUGACCUUUGCUUCCACUUUUUGGACAAUCUCUCCUUUUAUAGAUAAACUAGUGUAUCCUCUCUUUGAUGGAAGCAGUAGUGAAGCAGCCUAUGAAGAAAGGGUACUUUGAAGUAUUUGUAUCAAGCUGUCGCCACACCAGCAUGCCAACUGUAUUUUUUAUUUUUUACUGCCACAACCUCUCAAAGAACUAUCUGCUGUUUUCCAGGUUCACUCCUAUGAUUCCCUUUUAUGACUUUUAACUUGGGUUUGACCUGGGCUAAUGUGCCUUAUUAGAUAUCUAUGUUGCUAUGAUGUCCUGGGUCGUGCGGGUAUUUUGCAAGCCAUUUCUGCACAUAACACUACCUUUCUAUUAUGGUUGCUACCUUAUGCUGUUCUUUGCUAAUGACUUUGUAAUUAAUGUGCAUUUGCUUGUCCAUUACUUCUUAUUUAGCUUUUUUCCUUUCUCCUCUUCAAAUAUGCAAGGUGCCUUCUUAAAGAUCUGACAGUUUUCUCGAAAGUAUUCAAAGUGGUGAAAGAAUGAAGGCAUGUUGCUGCUUGUUAUUCUGGGGAACUUAAGCGCUGUUUUACAAAUACCUGGAAGGUGAUUCGUUGUUAUUAAGUAGAAUCCUACUUAAUAAAUCCCUGUGCUUAACUUAUCUGGAAAGAUAAGAUCCAUAAUCUAAGUAAUUUUGGAAGGGUAUUGUACAAGUUAACGCCCUUGAUACUAUGUGUGCUUGAAGUGUUUGCUAGUUUUUAGUGCCCAACCUCAUUUUUAUCUCAGGCAACCUUACUUGAUAUAAUAUUGUUUAGUGCCUUAUAUUUAACAUAUGCAAUAAUGCAAACAUCUACAGUUGACUAUUCAAAAAUGCAUUCAGUUUAUGUAAGAUUAAGAGUUUAAGGUGACCUGUUUAUUCUUAUACCAAUCUAACAUAAAGAAAUGACACAAUCUGCUGUCUGAAAGUAAGGAGCUGAUAUCAGUUAUUGCUUAAUAUUCUAAUUAUUGCCAAUUCUGUCAACAGUUAACACGAACAAGCAAUCAGAGCCACAAUGGCUGAAUCAUACUGACUGGGACCUAACUGCUUAUGUGCGUAGGCCAUGACUGCUGUUCCUUGUGUAAACCACUUUUGCUACUAAGUAUUCACUGAAAAACUUCAAACAAAUGCGACAACUCUAUAUUUGCCAUCUGUUAAGUGCUUUUAUAAAGAAAUAUAUAUUAACCUUUCUUGCUAACGAAUGUUAUCUCAGCUGAUGUCUCUUUAGUGCUUGCAUGAAUAAAAUAUAUAUUGUUUUAUAACAGGUAAUAUAUUGAAAGGAAGAUUUUUUUUUUGUCAAGAAGCUACAUUAUUCUCUUGGUCUGCUGCUGGAGUUUAUUUUUGUAAAAAGAUGCACACAGUACUAUCUGUGUCCCCAGGUACCUCAAUCUACACCAGAUUGUAAAUAAACUGUACAGAGAACUAAGAACUACAUUCCUCUGUAUUUUGUGAUAUCUGUACAUACUGGAUAACAAUACAGUAGUUGAAGGUAAUAAAAACUCAAUUUCAACA